AUGAGCCUUGAUCCCAGUGCCUUUCCGAGGUCGGACUCCCCCGCAAGCUCCGAAAGUUCUCUUACACGUACGCGUUUACAGGGGAAGGAAGGAUCCUUGAAAAAGGACAAGAGCUACCGACGAUAUGCAUCUAGCGUCGAGCGCGCCCUGUCGCUGUUCGACAAUGCGCUACAGGAAUGGGCCGAUUACAUCUCCUUCCUUAGUCGGCUGUUGAAGGCCUUACAAAGCCAUCCUCCAGAUCAAAGUGUCGUUCCCCAUAAAGUGUUGGUGUCGAAACGACUCGCUCAAUGUCUCAACCCCUCAUUGCCCUCCGGCGUUCACCAAAAGGCGCUAGAAGUCUACACUUAUAUAUUUGGGUUGAUUAAGCUCGAGGGUCUUUCACACGACCUUGCAUUGUACCUUCCCGGCCUUGCCCCGACGUUAACCUUCGCAUCGCUCACUGUUCGGCCGCUUUUCUUGUCGCUGGUGGAGGGCUAUAUCCUCGAUCUGGAGCCAUGGGCCUUGAGACCGGCUUUCAAAGCAAUUUUGCUCGCAUUGUUACCGGGGCUGGAAGAGGAGACCAGUGAGGAGUUCGAACCUACAAUGAGAAUUGUGAACAAGCUGCGGGAUGUCUCGGGGAAGCUUGAGACCCAGAGGGCUGCCGAGAUCGAAGACGGUCUGUCUGGACAAUACUUCUGGCAAUGUCUCUUUCUGGCGUCCAUUACCAACAGCAGCCGGCGGCUAGGUGUGUUGGCAUACUUGAAUCGUUACCUUCCAAGGCUAGGUAUUGUCGAUGAUCGCCUUCGCACGAAGAGGGACAGCGAAGCGCAGGACGAUUCGGAUCGGGUUUCAGCAGCCGCGAACUCUGUCAUUCAGCCAGAGCCUGGUUUGUUAAUUCGUUGCUUUGCAACCGGCCUCCAGGAUGAGCAGCUUCUGGUGCAGCGAAACUUCCUUGAUCUGUUGGUCACUCAUUUGCCACUCAGUUCCCCAGUAUUACAAUCUCAGAUCGCUGAUCGCGAUCUCGAGCUACUCAUCAUUGCUGCUGUGGGUGUAGUGACGAGGCGAGACAUGAGCCUGAAUCGCCGGCUGUGGUCGUGGCUUUUAGGACCGGAGCCAACACAUGAUCGACCUUCGACCGGGGGGCCCCAGUCAUCGUCCGACACUGCACGGUCGGGACAUGCUGAAUCUCGUGAGGCUUUGCGAUCACAGUAUUUUAGCCGAGUUGGCCUGCAACCAUUGAUCAAUGGACUUCUCAAGAUGAUCAACACAAAGCCCAGUCUACCCUCCGACCGAACGAGACCAUUCCGGAUCGCCCUGUCCUUGAUGGAUCGAUGGGAGAUUGGUGGCCAAAUUGUGCCAGCUGUGUUCUUCCCAAUCAUGAACAGUGUUCAGCUGUACGAGAAGGAGGCGUCUAAGGCCCAUUCUGAAGAGGUAUUCCGCAGUGCUAGCGCCUUCUUCGACGGCGUCGAGAGUAGUGUCAUCUUCGCAGAGCUUCUAGGCUUGAUUGACUUCACCGUGGCAGAGAUUGAAAGUGGCGGCGAUCGCAUCUUGCACAAAUUAGAUCUGGCAGCCUUCGUUCUCAGAAACUUCAACGUCCGCGAAGAUGACAUGGCGCAGAUUCACGCUCCUUUGCUGACAGUAUCAAUCCUUGUUAAAAUGCGGGAGCUGUCUUCACCACCAAACUUAUCCACAGGUGCAAAGGCAAUAAGGCAAGGGGUGUUCAAAUCGUCACACGCGGUGCUUCAGCUGUUAAUGGCAUUACUCACCGAGCGUGCAUUUUCGCGGAAGACUUCGUCAGAAAAGCCUGUUGCUUCGGACAUCAAGAUCGAGGCAGACGACAUCCUUCCUCGAAUUCACCAAUUUUACGAUAACUGCAAGAGCAGCCUUGAACUUCCGGCUCUCCCCAUUGCACCGAAGCACCUAAGCGAAUUGAUUAUCAAAGAAGCUCAUGAUUUAUCCAUUCAAGCCCUUGAGAGCAAAGACUCGGAUGCUGCUUUCAAUGAAAAGUCAAGUAUCCUCAUCAACCUUCUCCAAAAACUUCCGAAGUCGCGCGUUCUUCGGGACAGGAGAUUCAUUGACGCCAUUUCGAUUCGACUAGAGCAAGCGACUGCCAGCAUGACUACAUCGUCCUUUGAAGUCUUAACAACGAUUGCGACUGUUCUUACUAGUCUCUACUUUACUCAGAGCCCGGGAGUCUACGCAAGUUAUUCUGACACAUCAGCCCUCAUACCUCUUCUUGUUGACAGGCUUUGGGAAUAUCUAGCCCCAUUGUGCCCUAAAUUCCACGUUGAAGCUGUGCGCUGCUUGUGGUUGCUUCACUCAUUGUCAUGGGUGGAACAUCAAGUUGAGGCCUCGAUUACCUCCCUGAUGAUACAUGCGUCAUCAGAUGGCUCUGCUCAUCUUUCUUCAGUGAAACAAGCCGAAAGAUUUUACGUCUUGUGGAAUCAAAGCCAUUACGGCGGACACGACCAGCCUCCAAAACAAGUUUUAGAAGUCGGAGGAACUGCGUUCUCGUACCAAUGCUCUUUGCUUGAGCGUCCGCUGUUCGUUGUGCUAGAUUUGUUGUCACAGGAGCCAGGCGAUAUCCCACAAAGCGUUCAGCAGUGGUUGCAGGAGCUCCCGUCCAUUCAUAGGCAAGAAAUAUAUCGGGUAUUUGACAUUCUUAUCUCCAAGCUGGAUGAAAUUUUCGAUCGAGGCAGUCUUGGCGCAGGGCAAGAUCAGGUCAUCUCCGGAGAUGACCGUAGAGAAUGUACCUAUUUGUUGCGCACUGCCUCAAAUAUUAUCUCGACUCUCUCGCAACACGGAUGGAUCACGCUGCUCAAAUCAGCAUCGACUCAGCUUGACAGGAGAUCGGACGUAUCUGGUCAGCGUAAUAGCGCAGACUCCAACAGCCUGCAUGCUUCGCUGUUCCGGUUCUGUCUUCAAAUCAUUCGUGGUCAGGUAGCGGGAACAACACAUAUCGGCUCCGACAAUGAUAAAUUGCAAAUGUCUGCGCUACAACUUUUGCGGCAACUUCUCCUAGGACCUGGUGCCCAAGAUCUCGUGGAAUCUGGUAUUGACAGCGUACUGGUCAAUCGACUUCUAGCCUCUCCUGAUCAAGAAGCCAGCAGCGCAGUCGAAGGGGCCCUCAUCGACGCGCUUCUUGCCUCUUUCAAAGUACGCUUUGCCCAUGCCUACCUACCGCCUCACCCUCCUCGGCCAAAGCAACAGCGCCCGCCAUCGCGAUCUCGUGAACGUUUGACAAGCCCUUCGAUAUUGUCCUUCACGACUGAUAAAGCAGAUAAGCCACCGCCACAACCUCAGUUUUUCCAGCCGCCUGAGCAACUGCUGGAUUGUCUGCUCAAAGGCAUCAGUUCCCCUAAAUCACGGGAUAUUCUGGACAAGUGGAUAAGCCUUCUCUGCGAUGCACUUCCACUAUUCUCCCGAUCCAUCUUCCAGAAUCUUUUGGUGCUUGUGGAGGGCCUCUGUAAGGAGGUCCAUGUCUCUUUUGGAAACCUCCAGCAAGCAUUUCAACAGACGGAGGGCUGGGCCAUGGAUCGCUCCGAGCCUGUGACUAUCGCUCUCCUUACUGGUCUCGAGACUUGCAUUGCACAUGCGCAUGAUCGGCUGCUCCAUGAAGAGUCACAUACUCCUGUUUCCAAGAGUCCAGACUUGCCUCAAGGCUUUUUCGGGAACAUGGUCUCUGGUGUUUUCAGCUCCGAUGGCACACAGGGCAAGCCAAACACUGCUAACGACCGAUUGACGGUUCUGCUCUGUUUGCAGGACGCAGUUCGACUUUGCUUCUCAAUUUGGGCCUGGGGCGCUGGCGAUGGUGCGGGGCUCACAUUGGACUUGGAGUCAAUUGCGUCCUUCCAGUAUACGUCCCUACGCAUGCGAAACAGAACCAGACGCAUUCUCGAACAUUUCUUCGAUGCUGAGGCUUUGGAAUGCCUGGAAACGUUGAUAGAGAUGUGGGCCAAGUCCGACAUGAAGACAGCCUCGCUCAUUUUCAGUCUGCUUCAUACCCUUGACGGAUCCAGCCCAAAGAUUACCAUUCCCGCGGUGUUCAAUGCGAUUUACACACGAACAAACCCUGCCGCCCUAGAUCAGCACCGCAAGUCGUCGCUAACAUCCAGUGUCUCCGAAUCUGAGCUUGCCAGUUUCUUGGUUGCGUAUGCACGCUCGCUUGACGAUGAUGUUCUUGACGAGAUCUGGACCGAUUGCACCACCUUCCUCCGCGAUGUGCUCAGCAACCCUUUUCCGCACCGUCAAAUUCUUCCUCGACUGAUAGAAUUCGCGGCUAUCUUGGGAACGAAGCUGGAAAACACAACCUUUGGCGAAGAUCGACGAAUGCGAAAGGAACUUGGGGAUGUGGUUCUGCGACUACUGACGGCUGUGUUCACGAGCAAGCCUCUUGGACUGAAUCAGGAGGCUGGGCUCAUGGCUAGACAUUCAUUCGACUACGACCAUACCGCUGUAUCACAUACGGGUCCAGAUGACAUGCUUAGUAUUCUCGCAAAAUCAAUGCCCUCCUUCCUGACGACUCUAGGCGACACUGAUCGUAUCAACACCGCCAUUAGCGCUGUGUCCACCAAUGUGAUCGGCCCCUUGAUUCGCUCCCGUCUGUUUCCCAACAACCUGAACCGCAAUGUGAUGAUUAUAUUACAGCAAAUGGUGAAGGUUUCCGCUGCAGCCAAGUUCUGGAAGAAGGACAUCGCCGACGCCUUCAAUGAUCCUCGAUUCUUCGGCAUCCACGUAGACCUAGUCAAGAGCAACUGGUUGGAGCUUUUGCGGCAGUGGACACUAUCCGACAAGGAUCGCUUACCCGAGCUUCUCACCCGCCUUCCACCACCCAGUGCGGCGGGAAUCAUGUUUGGAGUGGGCGCAUCUGCCGCGAGACUUGAGGCAGACCGAAAGGCCCAGCUCAACCUUCGUCGCAUUGCUCUCUUGAUUUUGUCGGCCGAUCGCGACUACUUUGUUGCUGAGCUGCCAGGGCUGCUUCAGAAGAUUGAGGAUCUUCUCGCGGCAACUCAUGUCUCGUCCCCAUCAUCUGCCACUCGGUCCGAGAUCUUUAUGGUCAUCCGCGCUGUGGUGCUCAAGACAUCAGCAAACGCAAUUGCACCGUUCUGGCCCAUGAUCAACGUCGAGAUACAGGAAGCCAUUGCGACAGUGCCCCGAGCCUCUCAAGCCGAACUGUUUAACCCCUACUCAUUACUUCAGGCGUGUAAACUCCUCGAUGUGCUCCUUACCGUUGCUCCUGAUGAUUUCCAGCUUCUCGAAUGGCUCUACGUCACCGACACGAUUGACGCCGUUUAUCCUCUGAACCGCUGGGAACCAGUGUCCCUGGCCGAUGAGGUCUCCCAAAGCUUCGGACCGCGUGGCAUCUUCUCUCCACCUCUUCCUGGUGACAAUUCAGAACCUGUCGCGCGUCCGGGCUUCAAACGACCGUGGCUCAUUUCUGAUCGAAUUCGGGAGACCGCCAAGGACGAGAUUGUUGAGCGGAUCUUGCGUCCCUUUUUCAAUCGACUCAGUAUCUAUGUGUUUGAGAGCAAUUAUGGAAUGGGUAGCGUGGAUUAUGAACUUUGCCAGAAUGAUCUCCUGGGCGAUUUGUUCAACGAAAGCACUAUGGCCAGUUAG